AUGGAGUCGUUACAAGAUAUCGUUGUGGAAGGUGUUACUGCAUUCGUUGAGCCACCUGCAAAGAAUUACCGCUAUGUCAUCGAGUUGAAAAGCUCAAAAAUGAGCAUUUGGAUCGAAGAUCGAACAUCGAAUAUGGUUUCAAGAACGUUUAAGGGCGGCAUGGUCAAAACAGAUUAUGUGUCAUCGGCAAACGCCAUUGCAGAUGCAUCGGAGAGAGACUACGUCAAGUGCUUCCAAGACAUGUUGGACUGCAAGCUGGACGAUUCCAACGAUGUGCAUCGAAAGCUGUUCCCGAUACAAGGUGGAGGUGUCCGGCUGGAAUUGGGCGUUGCAGUUCGUGUUCUACGUGCGACGCGUCUGGUCACGUACACGUUUGAUCUCGAUCCCGUUUCUGUUGAACGACUUGACAUUUUGGAGUCGAAGUUGCGUGACCAGCAAGAAGAAGUGGAGAAGCUUCGUGGUGAAGUACAAGAUUGUGGAGCACCCCUUUUUGUUAAACUGACAGCAUCCAAGAUGAGUGGAAGCUCGAUCGUGUGGGAUGCGAUCGAAUCGGAUCUGCUGAUUUCGACGGGCUUGGAUGGCAAGAUCAAAAUGCUUCGAGGGGGUGUUUACAGUAUUGCUGUUGUAGUAAAUGCUGUACCUAAUGAUUACAACUACAAGGUCGAGCUACUGAAGAAUGCUGCUUCAAUGCAGGCAGCAAAUACGGGAUAUUCGCAAGGCUGCGGCUGCUCCGCUACGCUGUACACGAUUGAGCACCUGCAGACGAACGAUGAAUUGACAACGACGUGUGAGGUCUCUCUCUCCGUCUUCUCUUUCCUGUCCAUUAUUCGAAGCGGUCAACAAGGUUUGCGUAAGCCGUGUUGGAGGGUAGCUUCAAUCUGUUGCUGCAACUUUUACCGGUGCUGA